GAGGUCACCUAGUCCAGCUCCCUGGAAAGAAGUAUAUAUACUCUGUAUUUUAGCCAUAGUAAAAGAAGAAAAAAUAAUUACAAUUUUCCAUAGUAGCCUAUUACAAAAUUUAAAUAUCCUCUAAUGUUUAAAUGGUCUCCUUGCACUUAACUUACACGUCUCAGGUAUGAUUCAAAUCCACUUCUGUUUUCUGAAAGCAGGAACUACUAAGCUCUACUUAGUUGCUUCCAAGUUAACGAAUUUCUAUCCCUGUUUCACUAUUAGUAAAAUCACACUCAACUUUCUUAAAAUUUCCAAUUAAAAAAGUAUCUGUUCUUUGAGAAGUACAGUAUCUAUUCUUUGAGAAGCCUCUGAAAACUACAACAGCACCACUGGAAGCAGCUGGAAUUGGGUGUUUAUGUGUGCAGGGGAUGGAGCUGGCUGCGUUUCUGCAGGUGAUGUAAAGCAUGGCUAGGUAGCAAAAGGCUACUGAAUCCCAACAAGCUGACCAUAGGGAUGGCUGGAGAAAUAAUUUAACAGGACAUAGUUCUUCCAGUGACCUAUUGUUUAGGGAUCUUUGAAUGUUUCUUCGUUUUUGGCCAGUGAGACCAUCAAAGCCCAAGUGUGAACUGGAAGGAGAGCUGACAGAAGGAAGUGACCUGACUUUGCAAUGUGAGUCAUCCUCUGGCACAAAGCCCAUUGUGUAUUACUGGCAGCGAAUCCGAGAGAAGGAGGGAGAGGAUGAACACCUGCCUCCCAAAUCUAGGAUUGACUACAACAACCCCGGACAUGUUCUGCUGCAGAACCUCACUAUGUCCUCCUCUGGACUCUACCAGUGCACAGCAGGCAAUGAGGCUGGGAAGGAAAGCUGUGUGGUGCGAGUGACUGUACAGUAUGUACCAAGCAUCGGCAUGGUUGCAGGAGCAGUGACAGGCAUGGUGGCUGGAGCCCUGCUGAUUUUCCUCUUGGUGUGGCUGCUAAUCCGAAGGAAAGACAAAGAAAGAUAUGAGGAAGAAGAGAGACCUAAUGAAAUUCGAGAAGAUGCCGAAGCCCCAAAAGCUCGCCUUGUGAAACCUAGUUCCUCUUCCUCAGGCUCUCGGAGCUCACGCUCUGGUUCUUCCUCCACUCGCUCCACAGCAAAUAGUGCCUCACGCAGUCAGCAGACACUGUCAACUGAAGCACCACCCCAGCCAGGGCUGGCCACCCACGCAUACAGCCUAGUGAGGCCAGAGAUGAGAGGUUCGGAGCCAAAGAAGGUCCACCAUGCUACCCUGACCAAAGCAGAAACCACACCCAGCAUGAUCCCCAGCCAGAGCAGAGCCUUCCAAACUGUCUGAAUUAGAGUGGACUUGACUCCCGUGCUUUCCUAGGAGUCAGGAUCUUAGGACUAUUCUAGUCAUUGAAGCUCAGUCACCAGGCACACAACCCCUUUGAACCAGAUGAGAGGUCAUUUAAGUAGUAGUGAGCAUUGCAUGGAACAGAUUCAAAUGAGCACUUUCCUUAUAUGACAAGAAACAAGAAAAAAGAUGGAAGCCGAUCAUCUCCAAAAAGGAAUCUACUUGUGUCUGUAGAUUACAGUCGGGGAAAGCAGGAGUCCAAAUCUGUGCAUUUGUUGACCAGGACCUGUGGUGAGAAAGGCUGGGGAAAAGGGAAGUGAACACACUUGAAACUUCUCACCUGAGAUGUUUUGUAUCAAUACUUCGAUUCACCAUUGUCAAGAAGAAAUGAUGUAUUGUUCAUAAAUUUUCUAUGCAUUUCUGCAAACCUACUGGAUUAUUGUGAGUAUUCAGAGUCAAGCAGAACUCACAGCCUUAUAUUAUACCUAUUUGCACCAUGUACUGGGCUUACCGCUUCUGAGAAACUCCAAAAAGGAGACGUAUCUCUUCUAUUCUGACUUGACUUCAUUUACCAUAAGGUUUGAAUACUAACUUCAAGAGAAGUUCACAUAGUGGGAGAUGGAAAAGAAUGAAUGAGCUUCUCCCACUCUAUCCACUACUAAUCUUCCUACUUACAUUGAACUGUAAGGAACCAAAAAAGGUGUCCAAAAUGUUUGACAAGGGACUAUGAAGAACUUUCCAUCUUAAUGAUGUUCAGAGGGUCACUGACAAAUAUCAGAAAUAUAUACUGGAACAAUUGUGGAUUUUCCCUCAAAUCAGAAGUCUCUAAGGACUUCCCUGCUAGAUAUCUCUGGAGCAAGAAAACAUUCACUAUAUGUCAUUUAACAAUGUCCUUAGAAGUAUUCUAGAGAAAAAGAGAUCUUUUAAAGAUGCUGACAGAUCAUCUGACAUACCAUUAUAUUCUCUUCUUUCUGAGAACAUAUGAAAUCAGAAUUUCAAGAUUGACUAGACUAAAAGGGGAAAUUAGAUCAGUUUUUUCUUACUUUGUAAAGGAGUGGUAUAAGGAAGUUUAGUAUUGCACCAAAUUUGGAGAUUCCUCCACUUCUUUCAUUUUAGGAGAAGGAUGAGAACCUGGGACUUUUGAUGAUUCUCAGCCUUAAGUUAUCAAAAAGAUCAGGGACUACCAACGUUUUCUAAUGGCAUCGCAUGUCAUAAUCAUUCCCUCCUGAGACGCUAGACAGGAAGAAAUUCAGUAUUUUCCCAGCUUAGCCUCUAAGGAAGUCUAGCUCUGGGCUGGAAGGAAAGAGAAUUAACAUUUAGGGAAGAGAUGAUGAGGAUAACUGGUGGGUGGCAGGAGAGGGCUAGGUUAGUACUUGUUAACAUUUUAAUUGUCAGCCUCUUGGGAAGAAUUAGCAGAAAUGAUUCACCACGACAGCUCUCAGAAGAGCUGAUUCAUGGAAGGAAGGUGUUUGAAAAAUAAAAAGGUAGCAGCAGCCUCCAAUACAAUAACUUGUUUUCUUAAUAGUUUUGACUACUCUGCUAGUCAAAUGCAUCCUAUGGCAAGAACACUAAAUCUGAAAUAACUCUUCAUGGACCCUAGUGCAAAUGUCAACAGAUCGCCAUUGGGAGAGCAAAAUAUUUAUUAUUAUUAAAAGGGCAGCAGGCUAUAGGAAAGAAAAUAUAAUGCCGAAUAUGGUGAUGAAAGCAUUGUUUCUAAAAUAGAAAUCAGAUGCUUAAAGGGAAAAGGCUGAUCUGGGAUUUUGCCCCAUUUCUCGUUAUCUAUUUCUACAUUUAAUUCUCACAAUAGUGCCCUCAAAUAGUGCAAAUGCAUUUCCUUCUAAAGUCCUUUAAGAAAUAGGGGUUUAUCCUUGGGUGAAAGUUUUCAUCUGAGUUUUGUCUUCCUCUAAAAACAAAGGUGGCAAAUAAGACACAUUGAGGAAGUAAUGUAAAGAAUGUCUGCUAUUAGUUCAAUCUAAGAGGGCUGGCAUAUUUGGAAUGCUUCUUAUACUAACUGCCUCAUUGUAAGAUAUAAAACGCCUUACUCUACUUUUUUAUUUUUCUGGUAGUAUGGUAUUCAGGCAACAUUAUCAGACAAGUACACUGUGGAGGCUGCAGCUGUACCAUCACUAGCAAUGUGCUCUUAUCAUUAUUUACUACCUUUGAACCUAAGGUUUCCUGCCUAUGCCCUUGAAAGCAGGAAACAGUUUGCUAUGCAUGAAAAGGAGGUUUAGAUUUUUUAACAUGUUAGUUAUUAGAAAACGAAAAUACCAGUUGAAUAUCCAGAUUAUUCUGAAAUCUAUUCACACUGGAAAUCUACAAAAAGUCACAAAACAGAUUACUACCUAAAAUCUGAGAAAUUCUAGGAAUUGGAGAUUCUGAGAGAUAAGGUGCUGAAGCCUCAGCAAUGAUAGUGCACUUCUCUUUGAGUCAGGCUUUUGGGUUCAGAUAUGACAGGGUCAGGACUGGUUCAAACUGGUUCAAACCAUAUUCCAUUAACUUGCAAAUCAACUAACUCUGAUUCUUUAAUAUGAAACAAACAAACAAGAGGGAUAAAACAAAUGGUGAAAGAAAAAAUGUUUGUAGGAAGAAAAUACAAAUGGAAUGAUGUGGAUGUUUAGAGAAUAACCAUUUCAAUAAAAUAUAUAAACCAAACUUAAAAUUGUAAAAUAAUGAAGUUGAUGCCUUUGUUGUUACACUGUGUAAAAAUAAUUUCAGAAUUGCUAUUGCAAAAAGACCUAAUUUUGCUUCA